ACAUGAAAAUACAUUAAAAGUGUCGAACCUUUUGGUUGCAGAGCAUUUAAUCAGGAACAGUUCGAAACUUUGACAAACAAAUCGACAUCCGAGGAUUGUAAUUAAGCGGAAUCGAACCAGAGAGAAAAGGUUUCCUCCGGUACACGUCUUCUUCUUUCAUUUUCUUGAAUGAUUCCUCAAGUUUAGUCCAUGACCCAAUUCUUGGAUGACCCCUUAAAUUUACAUACGAAAAGUACUUGAUUCUAGGUUUCGUUUUCUUUUUCUCAAUCAGCUUUGUACGACCCAUUAAUAACAUCAAAGCAAGACUCUUUCAUGAAGACCAACUUCUCAUUUACGGCCGAUGAUGAUGCUGCUUCGGUCUCUUCAAAACAACUAGUCUUGCUUGCAUCUAUUUGUUCAGGCAUUCUCAUGUGCAAACUCGUUUAUGACUUUGCUGCUUACAUAAGUCCUUUGCGCUUCAAUGCUGCUUAUCCAAAACUUGACAGCAAAGUUAGAAUGGAAUGGAACAACAGGGGAUUCUCAACGCUCCAUGCUGUUUUUUCUGUGGCUUCAAUCUACCUCUUGGUGAUAUCGGAUCAGUUUGAUGAGAAUGUUCAUGGCGAUUCAGUCGUCAAUAGUACAACAAGUUUAUUGGAGGCUGUAAUGGGGAUCUCAUUAGGCUAUUUUAUAGCAGACUUAACGAUGAUCUUUUGGCAUUUUCCUACUCUUGGUGGUAUUGAGUAUGUUUUUCAUCACUGCUUAUCAAUGUUCUCCAUCAUUCUCUCUGUCACAAGUGGACAAGCACAGUUCUACAUAUUCAUAGUUCUCUUGUCAGAGGCCACAACCCCUUUUGUCAAUCUACGCUGGUACUUGGAUACUAGUGGUCAAAAAUGCUCUAAGGCUUACACACUCAACGGAAUUGCCUUGUUCUUGGGUUGGCUGGUCGCGAGGAUCCUUGUGUUUAUCUACUAUUUUGUUCACAUGUACUUCCAUUUCCAUCAGGUGAAACAAGUGUUUCCACUAGGAUUUUACAGCCUUCUUACGGUAGCACCGGUCCUGUCUGUGAUGAAUCUUCUUUGGUUCUGGAAAAUCACCAAAGGAUUGAUCAAAACAAUCUCCAAGGCAAGACACAGGGAGUGAAGUUUGGUGAUGGUCAGAAAAACUCAGAUUGACCUGGACAAAAAAGAUUUCGAUUGCAUUCACUUUCAGAAAAACUCAGAUUGACCUGGACAAAAAAGAUUUCGAUUGCAUUCACUUUCAGAAAAACUCAGAUUGACCUGGACAAAAAAGAUUUCGAUUGCAUUCACUUUAUCUGUCCAUGAAAAAAAAAUUAUUGAUGUCAAGUUGUGAUGUAUCUUUUUUAUCAAAA